CGCCUCUUCCCCCCCUCCACCCCACCCAGCCAGCUCAGCUUCCUCUCUGUGAGGAAAUACUUUCACUUCCUGCUCCUUCAGGCCUCCCCUCGGAGAACAGGUAGGGGCCCCCAGGGACCCAGCAGCUGGCAUGGUUAUCCCCCUGUGCCACCUUUGGUAUUAAGCAGCUCCCCAUCCUGCUCUGCCCAGCACCAACCACCUCCUCCUCCCCUCUCAUGGGACCCAGGUGAGCACCUGCCUCCUUCCCCCACCCCUCUUGCCUGCUCCUCCCUGGACAGGGCACCUGCUCUGGUUCCCCCUUCCUACCACCGUGGGCUUCUGGUCAGCGGGCUGGUUGAUUUGUUAAGCUGUUUAUUAUCCAUGUUCUCUACCCACCCCAAGAAGAUGGAUGCCCCCUGAGAGCAGGCCUAUUCUGUCCCCAAGCCACAGGCACCUAAUUCUGGGCCUGUACUCAAUAUUUGUGGGAUGCAUGGACACCUGGAUGCAUGGUCCCAGGUUUCCUACACCUGGGAGUGCUACAGGGGAAAUGUUCAAAAAUGCCCACUAUAGGACUCUGUACCUGGUUAAGAGUUGGGGUCCGAUGGACAGAUAGAGGGAUGUCUAUGUGAGAAAGCAAAGAUUAAAAUAAUGGUAGAAUCUAGGUAGUGGGCAUAUGGGAGUUCCCUAUAAAUUCUUUUCCGUUAUUUUUUGUAAUGUUUGAAAUUUUUCAUAAAAAAAAAUAAUGGGGCAAUAUUUGAGGGCCCCUCUGUGGUCUGGAAAGGGUGGAGGAGGGGAAAUUGUAUAACUUUUGUCUCAUGGAGCCUACUAGGCACUGGGUCUUGGCUAGGCUUGUUACUCAACUGGUCCACAUUCACACGGCUGCACUGGAUAUUAAAACCUGAAAUAUUUCCCUACCAUUUGGUAAAUGUUUGUCAUUUUGAGUCCUCUCCCUCUCCCGCUACCCCAAGACACACUGCCCUUCCUCCUGGCACGCCCAGAGUGCACCGCCAUCCAGUGGUGAAGAAUUCACACCUGGCACAGCAAGGAGCCAUAGGUCCAUUCCAAUUGGUCAGGGUCUCUGCCAUGUUGGUUGUAAAUAUUUUGAACAUAAUCCCUGAACUAGAGCAGCCUUGAGCCUUAUCUUCCUCCCUGCCAGAGGCCAGGCCAUGGCUUGCUGGCCUCCUACAUCCUGAGGAUGGCUCAGCCAGAGGACCAAGCCUUGGCAUGCCCCACCAAUGGGGAGAGACUGGUCCCAUCACAGGAGAAUGGAGCAGGUGAGACCUGCUUAGGGGUCCUCAGGGCCCCAGAGCCACUUCUUCGACUGCAGAGGACCUGGGGAGUGUGGCAGAUCCCAGAGCUGGAUGCCCCGGCUGCAGAAGCCCUUUUGGAGCUGUGGCCACCCGGGAGUUUUCUGGUCACAGGACAUGAACCCAGCCAGGUCCUGGUGUUGAGAACAGGACCUUCACCAGGGGAAGUCAACACCUACCAGAUCCAGAAGCUUCCUGGAGGUGUGUCUCUGGAAUCCUCUCACCUCUGCAUGCCAGACCUGCCCCAUCUCCUGGCCUUCCUGUCAGCCAGCAGGGAUGUUUUGCCCAGAACACUGCUCUUGCCCCCUCCCACUCUAGGGUCUGGAGAACAACACACAGAUACUCUGCAGAAUGGCAGUGUCCAACUCAACACCUCAGAGAGGAUGAUCUCUGUGGUGAACAAGCUCUACCUGGAGACCCACAGAGGGCAAGGGACGAUAUCUCCCCCAGAGACAGCUCCAGAGACUACCAAGAUAAGUGAUCCAGCCCCCAGGAACACCGCCCCUCAUCGGGUCUCUUGGGUGGAAGGCCCGCUCAGCCCAGAAGUACACCAUCCUGGGCCAGCUCUGGCCAGCCUGGGGGAGGAGGAGGAGGACUACCAAGAAGAAGGACCUGAGGAUGUGCUUACUAGUCAUGUCCAGGCUCUGGCCAGGGCCCGGAGCAGCUAUGUGGCCAGGCAGUUCCGAGGCCUUCAGGCACGCCUCACAUCAGAAGCUGAGGGCCCCCACAGGCCUGGGGACCCCGCCACCGAGCUGCUCCAGGAUGUGCGGCACCUCCUUACUGACCUCCAGGAUCACUUAGCAACGGACCCCAAUGUCAGGGCUAUCUUUGGGAGCAGAGGGCCUGGGAUCCCCCAGAAGAACGAGGAUCUUGGUAAUAGGAGGACUGGGAGGGGGUUUUUAGCCACUCCCGGACAGGGCCCCGCCCCCACUCCCACCCUGCGGAGCCGCAUCCACUCACGCCUCCGGCACCUCCACGCUGCCUGUGCCCCACGCCGCAAGGUGGCGUUGCUGCUGGCGAUGUGCAGGGACAUCUACGAGGGCCUGGCUUCGGGCGAGAAACAAGAGCCCCUGGGCGCCGACGCCUUCCUGCCGGCGCUGACUGAGGAGCUUAUCUGGAGUCCGGACAUCGGGGAGACACAGCUGGACGUGGAGUUUCUUAUGGAGCUCCUGGAUCCUGAAGAGCUACUGGGAGAAGUUGGUUACUACCUGACCACGUGGUUUGGGGCCCUGCACCACAUCGCCCACCAUCAGCCCGAAGCUGGACGAGCGCCACAGGAGCUCAGUUCCGAGGCCAGUGCCUCCCUGAGCCAGUGGCAUCGCAGGCGAACGCUACAAGGACAGGGCCACUCCAGACCCCAGGCUGAUCUGCCCUUUGAGGAACCCUGGGAAAUACAGACUGGGCCAAGAGACCAAUGAUGAAUAGGGAUCUCAAACCUUUCUGCUCUUCAAGCAAGAUGCAGAGGCACCUGUUGUUCAGGAGCAGCAAGGAAGAGGAGGUCCCAGGAAAAGGGAAUGGCUUACCUUGGGGUCUUUGCAUUGGCUGUUCCUGCUUCCUGGAAUGCCCUUCCCUAAUAUCCACACUGUUCCUUCCCUCCCUUCCUUCAGAUCUUGAGGCAGAUUUCACAGUCUCAGUGAGGUUCUCUCAGACACAACUGUCUGCAACUAUAACUCCUCUCCCUUGACCUCCCUGUGGAAGGCAGAAUAAGGCAUCCCCCACCUUCUCCAAUGUCCUCUUCCUAGUACCCAGAAUCUGUGACUAUGUUACUUUACAUGGUAAAAUGGAUGUUAUAGAUGCGAUUGAAGAUUUUAAGGUGGGGAAGUUAUCCUGGAAUCUAGUGGGUCCAAUAUCAUCACAAGGGUCCUUAUAAGAGGAAGGCAGGAGGUUCAGUGUCAGAGGAAGAGAUGUGAUGAUGCAAGCAGAGGUUGGAGUAAAGGCCAGGAGCUAAAGAAAGCAGGCACCCUCUAGAAGUUGAAAAAGACAAGGAGUGGAUGUUCCCCUGGAACCUCCAGCAGAAAUUCACCCUUUGAUUUUAGACCCCUAAGAUCUAGUUUGGACUUCUGACCUUCAGAACUGCAAGAUAAUAAAUUGGUGUGGAUUUUGUUAAA